GAAGGUAGAAGGUAUGUGUGAGCUGAUCCAGUGGAUCCAGUGAAUCCAGGAGCAUGAAUGAGGACACACAGGAGGGAGCCCCUCCCUCUAAAAGCACUCUGUGUGGGGAAGAUGAGAGCCAGAGCAAAGCUCAGAGGAAUAAACCUGGACCUGGAUAUGAACCCAGCUGUGUGUCCUUCAGGACUGACUAUUCAAAGGAUUAUAAUCCUGAAUUCAAAGAUAGCAGUUCCAGAGUUGAGGAAGAUGAGAGCCAGAGCAAAGCUCAGAGGAACCAACCUGUACCUGGAUAUGAACCCAGCUGUGUGUCCAAAAGGAGUGACUAUUCAAAGGAUUAUAAUCCUGAAUUCAAAGCCAUCAGUUCUGGAGACCAACAAGAGAAGAAGAAGAGUGGACCCCAACCGGCAGAAAGACCCAGAGCUGAUGUUCGCCAGCAGGAGAUUUUUAAAGAACACCACAUCAGUCUGAAGAGCAGAAGUGAACAUGUGGCUGAAGGAACUGAAGAAGCAGGAACAGAAACACUCCUCAGCAGAGUCUACACUGAGCUCUACAUCACAGAGGAACUGAGAGAAGAGGUUCAUACCCAACAUGAGGUGAUGCAGCUGGAGACAACUGUCAAGACCAACAAGCUCCAUGGCACUAUAAUCAAGAACCCAGACAUCUUCAAAGUCUUCCCUGACCAACACAGCUCCACCAGAGUGGUUCUGACCAGCGGAGUUGCUGGAGCUGGAAAAAGCUUCUCAGUGCAGAAGUUCACUCUGGACUGGGCCGAGGGCUUGGAGAACCAAGACAUCAGUGCUGUGGUUCCUCUUUCCUUCAGGGAGAUGAACUUGAUCAGAGAUAAGCAGCACAGUGUUCUCACUCUGAUUCAGUGUUUCCAUCCAACACUCCAGAAGAUCCCAGCAGAACAGCUGUCUGUCUGUAAACUUCUGUUCAUCUUUGAUGGUCUGGAUGAAAGCAGACUUUCUCUGGACUUCAACAACAGUCCGGUGGUGUCUGAUGUAACACAGAAGUCCUCAGUCAGCGUGCUGCUUACUAACCUCAUCCAGGGAAAUCUGCUUCCUUUAGCUCUGGUCUGGAUCACUUCCAGACCUGGAGCAGCCAAUCAGAUCCCUCCUUCAUGUGUGGACAGACUGACAGAAGUACAAGGCUUCAAUGAUGUCCAGAAGGAGGAGUACUUCAGGAGGAGAUUCCCAGAUAAAGAGCUGUCCAGUAGAAUCAUCUCCCACAUCAAAAGCUCAAUGAGCCUCUACAUUAUGUGUAACAUUUCAGUCUUCUGCUGGAUCACUGCUGUGGUUCUGGAGAACAUGCUGACCACAGAGCAGAGAGGAGAGCUGCCCACCACCCUGACUGACAUGUACUCACACUUCCUGAUGGUCCAGACAAAGAGGAAGAAGAACAAGUACCAGCAGGAUCAUGAGACGAGUCCACAAGAGCUGACGGAGACUGACAGAGAAGUUCUUCUGAAGCUGGGGAGGCUGGCAUUUGAACAUCUGGAGAAAGGAAACAUCAUGUUCUACCAAGAAGACCUGCAGCAGUGUGGUCUGGAUGUCACAGUGGCCUCAGUGUACUCUGGAGUUUGUACUGAGAUUUUCAGAAGAAGGCGUGAGGUCUUACAGAAACCAGUCUACUACUUUGUCCAUCUGAGUGUUCAGGAGUUUCUGGCUGCAGUCUACAUGUUCCACUGUUACUCCAACAGGAAGCUAAAGGUCAUUAAGGACUUCCUGGAGUGUGAUAUGAAAACGUCAACUCUGGAUGAGUUUCUGAGUAGAGUCAUGAAAAAAUCCAUGCAGAGCAAAACUGGACACCUGGACCUGUUUGUUCGCUUCCUUCACGGUCUCUCUGUGGAAUCCAAUCAGAGACUCUUGAAAGAUCUGCUGGGUCAGACAGAGAAGAACCCAGAAAUCAUCAAGAGUGUCAUCAACAACCUGAAGAAGAUGAACAGUAAAGGAGUCUCUCCUGACAGAAGCAUCAACAUCUAUCAUUGUCUGAUGGAGAUGAAGGACCUCUCAGUUUAUCAGGAGAUCCAAGAGUUCCUAAAGUCAGAGAACAAAUCAGAUAUCAAACUCUCAGAGAUCCACUGCUCAGCUCUGGCCUACAUGCUUCAAAUGUCAGAGGAGAUUUUAGAGGACCUGGACCUGAACAAUUACAAAACAUCAAAUGAGGGUAAACGGAGACUGAUCCCAGCUGUGAGGAACUGCAGAAGGUUCAGACUUUCUGGACAAUUAGGACUCUCAGAGAUUGACUAUGAAAUUGUGGCAUCAGCUCUGAAGUUCAACCUAUUCCACCUGACAGAACUGGAUAUGAGGUUGAAUGUCAUGGAUGACUCAUCCAUGAAGGCUCUAUGUUCUGGACUGGAGAGUCCAAACUGCAGACUACAGACGAGCUGUGAAGCCCUGGGCUCAGCUCUGAAGAACAACCCAACCAAUCUGACAGAAUUGAACCUGAGUAAGAACAACUUGCAGGAUUCAGGAGUUCGUCAUCUGUGUGAUUUUCUGGAGAGUGCAGGGUGCAGACUGCAGAUUCUGAGGUUAAAGAAAUGCAGUUUGUCAGAAAAUAGCUGUGAAACUCUGGUCACAGCACUAAAAUCCAACCCAUCCAAUCUGAGAGAACUGCAUUUAAGUGAGAACAACCUGCAAGAUUCAGGAGUUUGUCAUCUGCGUAAUUUUCUGAAGAGUCCAGUCUGCAGACUGCAGACUCUGAGGUUAAAUAAAUGUUGUUUGUCAAAGAUUAGCUGUGAUAUUGUGACAUCAGCUAUGAAGUCCAACCCAUCCCACCUGACAGAGCUGACCAUGAGAUACAACAAGCUGAAGGUUUCAGAUGUUCAGCAACUCCAGGAUCUGGUGGAGAGUCCAAACUUCAAGCUGCAGACUUUGAGGUGGAAAGGAAGGAGGCGCAGAGUCUGAUUAUCCUUUAAGUAGAAAAGAGAUAAGCAACAUCAGCUUGUCUGCAGAGAUUUCCUAACAGGAACAUGUUUCUGGGAGGUGGAGAGGAGAGCGAUGGAGGAACAUUUACCUGGUUUAGGUGUGUCCAGCCAAUAAGAACAUGCCAGAGCCGAGUAUAUUGGAAAACAUGCAGGAAUCUGGCACUUGAGGACCAGGGUUUCCUACCCCUGAAUCAGAGGAAGAGGAGAUGAGUGUCAGAGCUGCAGCAGGAACUGAAAUGACUUUGUCCACACUCUCUUGCCAUAGUUGUUAAUGUUAUCCUUCUUGUCAGCUGACAUCUGUUUCUAUGUAGUUUCAUGAGGGAGCAGCUGUGUGUGACAGCAGCGAGCAUUUCUUCACUAAAGUCAGUCAUCAAAGUUGAUCAAUCAUCGAUUAACUUUCUCCUCAUCUAUCCUGAAACUGUGUCUUUGAAUGAUUUGUAAUUCUCUGAUCUGAUUCAGACAUGAUGGUUUCUGCAGAAGCUCAGAAGUCUUUUCUCAUUUUUCUUGGACCCCUUCAACUCUCUGUACGACAGAGUGGAUCAACAUUCCCUGAACAUCCUUCAGCUGGUCCAGAAAACAGCAGCAUGGCUGCUGACCAAGAAAAGACCACUGUACAACAGCUCUGGACUCAUGAUUUUCCAUUUGUGUGCAGUUCAGCUUUUGUUUAUUUUCAUUUUUUUUCAUUUUUGAACAAAUUGUUAAAGAGAAAUAGGUAAUUUGGGAAUUCUGAUAAAAAUGUUAAUAAUAAUUUGACCUGUUGGUUGAAGGUUUAUCUCCAAAUCUCGAUAUUCAUAAUGUGAGAAAGGCCUAAUUCAUAUUAUAUAUAUUUAAAAUCUUUUUUAGACUUGAUUUCUGUUCUCCAGAAACCCCUAAUGACAAAUAAAACAACACGAAUCUUAACCAAGAAAACAAUUUAGUUUGUCCAAUGUAUUCAUCUAGAAUGUGGCUGCAAACUUUUCUUUCAUUAUUUCUCCUUUGCUGCUGUAGUCAUAAAAUCCUAAACUUAAGUGAUAGUAAUAAAACUUAUGAUCAACUAAUAAAAAUGAAGUUAAGAAAAAAAAAAAAUAAAACUUGUGAUCCAUGUCUUUGAUCUAAACAGAGAUGGAGAAGAAGAUGUUGUAACAUAAUGCAACCCCCCUUCCCCUAUGAGUUGCUCUGUGUCUGUGGCAUUUUUCACAUUUGUAAUGUGCUCAUUUUGACACCAGGUGAGGCCAAACUCAGAUUAUGAAAAAAAAAAGUAAAGUAAUUUGUCUGGAAUUAUAUAACAAUCUCCUGAAAAUGAAAACACAAACCAGCAAUAUCAUAGGCUUUAAUGCUUUUUUGGAAGAAUUGAUAAUAAUGUGAUCAUAUUAUGUUUUAAUUUUCCACAUAUCCUUGAUCUUUGGUUUUAUAGUUUUGCUAUUUUUCACAUUUUAAUGCAAUGUUUUGGAUGUGUAAAAUUGAGUAAAGACAGUAUGACCAAAAUGAUAAUAUUGUGAGGUUGCCCUUAUCUUUGGACUACACACCCUGCAUGCUUUACAGUGGCUGGGGGCAUGGUUUUGGAUAAUCCUGAAAUAUAAGCAGUACUUGUUUGUGUUUGUUGUUGGCAUAUAAAGAAUAAACCUUUGUAUUCAAA